AGUUACCCUCUUCAUAUAUAUCGUCGGCUUCUUGUCUCUCUCCAUAAACGAAGGGACACACAAUUUAUUGAAUCAAUCAGGAUGAAGCUAUUUUUUUGUUUAUUGAUAUUGUUCGGUUUUCUUGAUUUUCCGGCCACCACAUCAUCGGAAGACCGCCACGACUUUCCAUAUCUGGCAUCCUCCCCCACCUCCGGCGGCGGAUUCAACGAGCCCCCCGAGAAGAUCCUGCGGAAUCAGUCGUCACCACUGCCGUGGAGCGACGUGCCCACGUCCAGCUGUCAGGAAGCGUGGAGCAGGACAUGCUCCGAUGAGCUGUUGAGGGUCGCCGGAGAGAAGGAGAACGUGGAGUGGAUAAAGUCGGUGAGGAGGGCGAUCCACCGGAACCCGGAACUGGCUUUCGAGGAGUACGAGACCAGCCGGCUUGUUCGAGAGGAGCUGGAGAAGAUGGGGAUUCCAUACGAAUUUCCUUUAGCCGUUACCGGAAUCCGAGCGACUGUCGGGACCGGCGGCCCACCGUUUGUCGCUCUCCGGGCAGAUAUGGAUGCGCUUCCCAUUCAGGAAGGCGUAGAGUGGGAGCACAAGAGUGAGGUUCCAGGGAAGAUGCAUGCUUGUGGUCACGACGCCCACGUCGCAAUGCUCCUUGGCGCCGCUAAAAUUUUGAAGCUUCGCGAAAAUUUCUUGAAGGGGACGGUGAUACUAAUUUUCCAGCCGGCGGAGGAGGCCGGAAACGGAGCAAAAAGGAUGAUAGAAGACGGGGCUCUUGACAAAGCAAAGGCCAUCUUUGCUCUUCAUGUCUCUCAUCAGCAUCCCACUGGCGUUAUUGGAUCACGGCCCGGCCCUCUACUCGCCGGGUGCGGCUUUUUCCGGGCCGUGAUCGGUGGUCAGGGCAACCCCGUCGUGGCUGCCUCCGCGGCCAUCAUCAGCUUGCAGGCCAUUGUUUCCCGGGAAGCCGACCCGCUGGACGCUCAGGUGAUCUCAGUGACAUCGGUUGAUUGCCUUGGCGCCAAAUCAGAGUCUGUUAUUCUUCGUGGCACUUUCAGGGCUUUCUCCAAUUCUAGUUUGCGUCGGCUUUUGAAGAGAAUCAGAGAGGUGAUCGCAGAACAGGUUAGUGUGUUCAAAUGCUCGGCAACAGUAGACUUCUUUAAUGACAAAGACACACUUUAUCCCCCAACCGUGAACGAGGAGCGAAUGUACGAACACGUGAAGAAGGUUUCUGAGCAUUUGGUUGGUCCAUCGAAUUUCAGAGUCGUUGCACCAUUGAUGGGUGCAGAGGAUUUCUCAUUCUACUCUCAACUCAUUCCUGCAGCAUUCUUCUACAUAGGAAUAAUGAACGAGACUUUGGGAUCAAUACAUAGUGGUCACUCCCCUCUUUUCAUGAUCGAUGAAGAUGCCCUCCCUAUAGGUGCAGCAACUCAUGCUGCAAUUGCUGAGAGAUUUCUAUACGAUUAUGAAUAAUAAUAAUAAUAAUAAUAAUAAGGGAAAAUGGAAACUAAUAAUCCAACCUUUUAGCGGUCUUCUUUUAAUAGUCCGACCUUUUCGUUAUUCAUGAAUAAUCCAACCUUUGCACCCCAUCUUCAUUGAUUGGUCCCCGACCGGUUGAUGACCUGCUAUUCCGAGUUAUUUUCUUAUCUCUGCAAACUAUUAUACCAUAAAUUCCACCUUUCACAAAGAUAAUAUUUUGCAAAGAUAAGAAAAUAACUUGGAAUAAUAGGUCAUCAACCGGUCAGGGACCAGUGAAUGAAGAUGAGGUGCAAAGGUUGGAUUAUUCACGAAUAACGAAAAGGUGGGACUAUUAAAAGAAGACCGCUAAAAGGUUGGAUUAUUAGUUUCCGUUUUCCCUAAUAAUAAUAAUAAUAAUCCUUUAAUUUUUAGACUUUUAGUUACUCCCUAGAUAGUCAUAUUAUUUGACAAGCAAAGGUUGUCCUUCAAAUGUUGGCCUAUACUUUGGUUAAGUUAUGCUAAAAUGAUGCAUUUGCUUAUCAAUGUUAGUUUGCAAUAUAUAUCAGGCAGUUUGACUGAUAUUCUAAUAUAGGGGUGCAAAUGAGCCG